AUGGCGUCCAAAGGUACUAUUUUGGUCACCGGCGCCAACGGCGGCCUCGGCUCCGCAAUCGUUGCUCAUAUCCUCAAGACGCCAAAUCUCGCAUUCGACUACACCGCUGUAUAUGCGGUCCGGAAGACCGAAACGGCAUCGAAACUUCAGUCGGCACUGAGCCGAGCCCCCGAUGGGCACAAAUACGAUACGCUGGAUGUUGAUCUCAGCUCCAUCGCAAGCACCAAAGCAGCGGCUAAGAGAAUCAAUGAGCGCGUUGCGAGUGGGGAGUUGCCGCCCAUCAGGGCGCUCAUCCUCAACGCUGGCUACCAGGAAGGUGCCACAUUGACGAUGAGCACCGAUGAGUUUGAGAUGACUUGGCAGGUUAACUUCCUGUCCAACUUCAUCCUGUCGCUGUUGCUCCUGCAAAGCAUGGACAAGAAGCAUGGCAGGAUCCUUAUACUCGGAAGCUGGAUGCACGACGUCGAAGACCCGAGGAACACCUCUGGAGGGAAUACUGUGUAUCAGGACCCCAAGUGGCAGAACCUGCUCCCAGACAUAGAUGCUGUCGCCAGAGGCAGAUGGAGCACGCCCAACGACGAUCCUUCUGAAGCCUCCGGCUUCCGCCGAUAUGGAGCAAGCAAGCUUUGUGCCGUCAUGCUCAUGCACGAGUUAGUCGAUCGCGUAGCUCGCGACCCUGCAUUGGGCAAUGUAUCUGUCGUGGGACUGGACCCCGGCGGCAUGCCUUCGGAUCUGUGCCGCCGGGCAGGCUUUAUGGUCAAGACGGUGACCAUGGGGUUCAUAGUUCCGCUGGCGGCGCCUCUCAUGGUGAGGUUGAGUCCCAACGGCCUGAUUCGACCGACGUGGAAGAGCGCGGCCGACGUGAUCCGCGCAUGCUUCGAAGUCGAGCCACCCAAGGGCAAGCUUCUGUAUCUUAACGGUACUGAUGAGCUCGAGACAGCCAAAGACGCGCGGGACAAGGGGAAGAGGCAGCCUGUGUGGAGAUAUGGGCUCGAGGUCGCUGGCAUCAAGAGCGGCGAUAGCGCAUUGGCGGACUGGCAAUGA